AUGUUAAAGAAUGCAACAAGAAGCAUUGAUGUUUAUACAAGUGAAACAUUCAUAUUAAGUGAUGAUGGUGGAUGGUGUUGGUUUGAAUAUCCAGGAGCACUUCAAUAUGGUUCUCUCCUUUUCGUAGGAUCAGUUGCAUCAGGUGGUCAUGAUAAAAAACGUCAUGGUAAUAUUGAACUUCAUAUUCAUGAUUGUUCGACUCAUGUUACAGAUCAUGUGAUAUUACAUGAACAAUUUGAAUUAGAUGAUCAUGAUGGACCUGCUUUACUUAUAAGACCUGAUGAUCGACUAUUUAUUUUCUAUGCAAAACAUGGCACAGAACCAUAUAAUUACUCACAUAUGUCUCUUAUUAAUGAAAAUACUUAUUGUCAAUUUAGUCCAGUUCAACUUUAUGCACCAUCACCAACUACCGAACUUACAUAUGCAAAUCUAUUUCUACUUUCAAAUGAAUCGAAUCGUAUUUAUAAUUUUUUUCGAGGUCUUGAUGGUUCCUACAAACCAUUAUAUAUUUACUCGGAUGAUCUUGGAACAACUUGGCAUAAUGGUAAUAUUUAUAUAAACGUUCUAUGA